CAGAAGAACAGAGCACCCUCCCACCUGAAUCGCUCGCCCCUGCCGCAGCCCCAGUUUCAAACCAAAACCGCACCGCCGCCCCUGCCCUGCCCUGCCCUGCCGCCCCCCUCCCCCGCAAUGGCGUCGGGCUCCUCCCGAGGUCACGUCGACCAGUUCUUCGCGGCCAAGAAGCGGAGGCCCUCGUCGCAGCAUGGGAGCCCCGGGGCCGCCAAGGGCUCCCUGGCGGGGUACCUGGUCCGGUCCCCUCCCGCCGCCGCGGCGUCGGCGGCGGCGGCGUCGUCAGCGGCCCUCGCCGGCUCCCCCUCGGGCGCCCGGAGGAGCCUCGCGGCGUCCAUGAACGCCGACAUCGCCAAUUCCGCCGCGGCGAUGAAUGUCGAUGCGGGCGAUUCCGCGGCGGCGGCACCGGACUACGGGGACGACCUGGAGAUGAAGCGGUUCACCAUGGAGUUCCUGUCCCAUUACUGCAGUGAUAUCCCGUCUGUUAUGAUGUCUGAUGCUGGCAAGGGCGAACCAGACAAGAAUCAGAAGAGGAGUGCGGUCAACUCCUUCUUGGCUCCCUGCGACGACAGAUCUGCCAAGAAGCAGUGCGUUUCUCGUUGUGAUGCCGUCGAAGUUCCAAGGGUUAAGGAAUUAGGGGAUAACAUGCCCUUGAAAUGGGUUGGUAAUCACGGUGCUUCAGAACCUCUUGAGGGGUUACACGAGGGGGCGAAGCUAAACGGUGAGGGAUUUGCGGCCUUGCAAAGGUCCAGCUUUACCCCAUAUGCUGCGCAGAAAAUGGCUGGGUUUUCUGCAGCACCCGGGGAGACCCCAAAAUCUGCAUCAUCCCUGAUUUCACCAGGGGAGGACUUCUGGAAUGCCGCAAUGGAAUUUGCUGAUGACGUCUCUGCUAUGGCUGAUAAGGGUCCUCGAAGGCGACACUGUGAUGCUGCAGAGGACAAGUCGUCCUGUGCAGUUGCACUGGGUUCUAAGACUCUUCCUAGAUCAGGAAUUGAGGAAUUUAACUGUGAAAAUACAGUAGGUAGCAAUCCCAUGAAGCAGAUAGACACGUUCUCAAAUACAGCAGAAUUAGCAGCGGCAAAUAGACAGCAUAAAAACAACUCUCCUUUGCCUGUGAAGCAUUUGGAUUUCUUUCAUGAGGAUGCAAUUCAAGUUUCAGGCCUGGAAGGUAAAGAAAAAUGUGACACUGUUCCCAGAAGUGCACAAGUGAACCAGGGUCGACCGAUGGACAGUAACUUUCAUAGAACAGAAAACCUCAUGCAUUCUGUAGAUGACAUUAAGACAAUUACUUUGUCAGAGUCAAAAACUGCAGGGAUGGGUCAUUCAAUUGAUGUGGGCAGCAGAGGUUCUUGUAUGAUUAAGAGUGACCUCAAUCAACUGACCCAUGGUGAGACUAAACCGCUAGCUGCACAUUUGAAUCCUGGCAAGCCUAACAGAGAUUCCAAGAGUAAGUUUGCUUCUCAAAGAGUGGAAACUUGCACUCCUACCAGCUCUGUUCCUCUAAAGGAUCACUCCAAGCUCUCAAGCUGGCUCCCUCAUGAGCUUUGUGCUAUAUACAUGAAAAAAGGCAUUCCACAGCUAUAUCCAUGGCAGGUGGAGUGUUUACUUGUGGAUGGUGUCUUGGAGAAUCGCAAUCUUGUAUAUUGCGCAUCUACGAGUGCUGGUAAAAGUUUUGUUGCUGAAGUGCUGAUGUUGAGACGGAUAUUGUCCAGUCAAAAGAUAGCAAUUCUAGUCCUUCCAUAUGUUUCAUUAUGUGCUGAAAAGGCUGAACAUCUCGAGCAACUUCUUGCGCCACUGGGUAAGCAUGUCCGUAGCUACUAUGGGAAUCAGGGGGGAGGGUCGCUUCCUAAAGAUACAUCAGUUGCUGUAUGUACCAUAGAGAAGGCGAAUUCUUUGGUAAACAAGUUGUUGGAGGAUGGCCGCCUUUCUGAACUUGGUAUAAUUGUAAUAGAUGAGCUUCAUAUGGUUGGUGAUCAGCACAGAGGGUACCUUUUGGAGCUGAUGCUCACAAAACUUCGGUAUGCCGCUGGUGAAGGAAAUUCAGAAUCAUCUAGUGGAGAAACUUCAGGUUCUAGCAGUGGGAAGGCGGGUGCCACCCAUGGAUUACAGAUUAUUGGUAUGAGUGCUACUAUGCCCAACGUUGCAGCUGUAGCUGACUGGCUUCAAGCCGCACUUUAUCAAACUGCCUUUCGACCCGUCCCGUUGGAGGAGUUUAUCAAAGUUGGUAAUCAAAUAUUUGAUAAAGACAUGAAUAUUGUACGCGUACUUCCAAAAAUAGCUGAUAUUGGUGGUAAGGAUCCAGAUCAUAUUGUUGAGUUGUGCAAUGAGGUUGUUCUGGAGGGUCAUUCUGUUCUUUUGUUUUGCUCCAGCCGAAAAGGCUGUGAAUCAACUGCAAAGCAUAUUGCAAAGUACUUGAAAGUAGCUAAUGUUGGUUCAAAAGAAGGCUCAGAGUUCCGAGAUGCUGCUUCUGCAGUUGAAGCCUUGAAGAGGUGUCCUGCUGGGUUAGAUCCUGUAUUGGAAGAAACCCUCCCAUUUGGUGUUGCAUACCACCAUGCUGGUCUCACGGUUGAGGAGAGAGACAUUGUGGAAACAUGCUACCGUAAAGGCCUUGUCCGAGUUUUGACUGCCACAUCAACUUUAGCUGCUGGAGUAAACUUGCCUGCCAGACGAGUUAUAUUCAGACAACCUAGGAUAGGUCGUGAUUUCAUUGAUGGGACUCGCUAUAGACAGAUGGCUGGCCGUGCUGGUCGAACUGGAAUAGACACAAAAGGAGAGAGUAUACUUGUAUGUAGGCCUGAAGAGGUAAAGAGGAUAACAGGUAUUGUUAGAAGUGAUUGUCCCCCCUUGCAGUCAUGCCUCUCAGAAGACAAAAAUGGAAUGACUCAUGCAAUUAUGGAAGUUGUUGCUGGUGGGAUCGUGCAAACUGCAAGUGAUAUUCAUCGAUAUGUGAGAUGUACGCUGCUUAACUCCACCAAAUCUUUUGACGAUGUCGUAAAGUCUGCUCAAGACUCCCUUCGUUGGUUAUGCCAUAAAAGGUUUGUUGAGUGGAACAAUGACACCAAGAUAUACUCCACCACUCCACUUGGGCGAGCAUCUUUUGGCAGUUCUCUCAAUCCUGAGGAAUCACUGGUUGUGCUUGAUGAUCUUUCAAGGGCAAGAGAAGGUUUUGUUCUGGCAUCUGAUUUGCAUUUAGUCUACUUGGUAACCCCAAUAAAUGUAGAAGUUGAACCUGACUGGGAAUUAUACUACGAGAGGUUCAUGCAACUGUCUUCUCUUGAGCAGUCAGUUGGCAACCGGGUUGGAGUAACAGAACCUUUCUUGAUGCACAUGGCUCAUGGGGCAGCAAUGCCUAUUCGUGGAAGGCCCAAGAAAAACACUAGUGGAGGUUCUGGUGCAAACACUCUUAUUAAUGACCAGUCGCUUAGAGUAUCUAAGCGCUUUUAUGUGGCGCUGAUGAUAUCAAGGCUGGCUCAGGAGAUUCCUGUCACAGAUGUUUGUGAAUCAUUUAAAGUUGCUAGAGGUACGAUUCAAGCCUUGCAGGAAAAUGCUGGCAGGUUUGCUUCAAUGGUUUCUGCCUUUUGUCAGAGACUUGGUUGGCAGGAUUUAGAAGGUCUUGUUGCCAAGUUCCAAAACCGUGUCUCGUUUGGAGUUAGGGCAGAGAUCGCAGAACUUACAACAAUUCCAUUCGUCAAGGGCUCACGUGCAAGGGCUCUUUAUAACUCUGGUUUGCGUACCCCUGUUACCAUUGCUGAAGCAUCUAUUCCUGAAAUUGCAAAAGCUCUUUUCGAAAAUUCUUGGUCUGGUCAAGAUGAUUCUGGGUUACGGCGAAUGCAAUUUGGUAUAGCCAAGAAAAUAAAAAAUGGAGCUCGCAGAAUUGUUCUUGAGGAGGCAGAAGCAGCCAGAGUAGCAGCAUUCUCAGCUUUCAAAUCACUUGGGGUAGAAGUUCCUCAGUUUACCACACCUCUGCUCCCAGCUAGUGAGGACUCUCCACCUCGAGAUGUUAUGGUAUUUCCUGGUGCAGGUCAUGCUAAGUGCCAUGAGUCAGUUUUAGGGGCACAUGUUGGCGAUGAAAGAAACAUCUGCUCUGAUUAUGUUCCUCAAAGGGCUUCUACAGAGAUUGUAGGGGAGGAUAUGCACCCUGUUUCUACCAUUCAUAUUAAAGAGAGCCAAGGAAUAGCGAAUAGUGUCGACAUUGCUAGUAUGCAAGAAGCAUCACCUUUAUCAACGCUGCCCAGCAGAAAUGUGCCUGACAAAGGUCCUGUCAAUGCACAUAACUUCCCUGGAGGGUUCGAUGGUUUCCUUGAUCAGUGGUCUUCUGUUGAUGAAUUUUCUUUUGAUCUUCAUUUUGUUAAGAGAUCAAGUAAACUAUCUUUGACCAUUUUUGAAAUUCUUGGGUUAGCUGUUUGCUGGGAAAAUUCACCCGUCUACUACUGCAAUUUCCCGAAAGACCUAACCCCAACUGGUAGCAAUGAUUCUGUUGAACUGUGGGAAGGAUUUAGGAGAAGAUGGAGUAGAAUAGUUGGCAUUAUGCAGCAAAAGAUUGUAAAGAAAACGACAUGGAAUUUGAAGAUUCAGAUUCAGGCACUUAAAUCUCCCUGUGUUUCUUGUCAACGGCUUGCUAGGCUUCACCUCGACCCUAAAACAUUGAACAAUAUUGAAGUCCUAGACAGCACAUAUGUGUUACUACCACCAAUCUCUGUCUAUAAUGGGCUGGACAUAUGCUUGGUGGCAUGGAUUCUCUGGCCAGACGAGGAAAGCAAAACAGUGCCAAACCUCGAGAAGUUAGUGAAGAGACGGCUACCAAGUGAGGCUGCAGCAGCAGCAAAUCGGGAUGGCAGAUGGAGGAAUCAGAUGCACAAAGCAGCUCACAAUGGUUGCUGUAGGCGUGCUGCGCAGACAAGGGCGCUGGGUUCUGUUUUGCUGAAGUUGCUUGUUUCUCAAAAUCUCAGUGAUUUGAUUGAAACAGUUGAGGGUCCAUUGGUAAAUGUGCUUGCUGAUAUGGAAUUAUGGGGAAUUGGUGCUGACAUGGAUGCAUGUCUCCGUGCGAGGCAUAUUAUAAUAACAAGGCUGAAGGAGCUAGACAAAGAAGCAUACAAAUUAGCGGGCAAGAGUUUCUCACUAAAUGCAAAUGCUGACAUCGCUGACAUUCUUUUUACUCACUUAAAACUGCCAGUCCCAAAAGGGUGCGAGAAAGGGAAGUUGCAUCCUAGCACUGACAAGCAGUGUCUAGACCAUCUAAGGGAUCUACACCCAAUCGUCUCAGUAAUUAAGGAACAUAGAACAUUGGCCAAACUGUUGAAUGGCACAUUGGGGUCCAUUUGUUCACGGGCUAAGUUGUGCAUCCAAUCCCAAAGGUACAUCAUACAUGGAAAUUGGCUUCAGACAUCAACUGCUACUGGCCGUCUAUCAAUGGAAGAGCCAAAUCUCCAGAGUGUUGAGCACAUGGUGGAUUUCACAACAAGAAAGAAUGAUAAAGAUUUCACAAGCAUGUCAAUGGUUGAUCAUCAUGAAAUCAAUGCCCGUGAAUUUUUUGUUCCCACUCAAGAAAACUGGUUGUUGGUAACUGCUGAUUACUCCCAGAUAGAGCUGCGUUUUAUGGCGCAUUUUUCUAAAGAUCCUGUAUUGAUCGAGCUUCUAAGUAAACCAGAUGUUGAUGUGUUUACUAUGAUUGCCUCAAGAUGGAGUGGCAAAGAAGAGUCUUUGGUCUCUUCUAAGGACCGAGAUAACACAAAGAGAUUUAUUUAUGGCAUCCUUUAUGGAAUGGGCGCCAACUCCCUUGCAGAACAACUUCAAUGCAGCCCAGCAGAAGCUGCACAGAAAAUUCAGAGUUUCAAGAGAUUCUUUCCAGGCGUUUCUUCGUGGCUACAACAAGCCGUGGCAUCAUGUCGCCAAAAAGGAUAUAUUGAGACCUUGAUGGGACGGAGACGUUUUCUUUCAAAAAUUACCGCUGGAAACAGCAGAGAGAAAGCUCAAGCACAGAGACAAGCAGUUAAUUCUAUUUGCCAGGGUUCUGCUGCUGAUAUUAUCAAGGUGGCUAUGCUUAAGGUUCAUUCUGUAAUUACCAAUGGGAGUAACACAGUUGAUUCCAUGGAUGGGCUUAUGCAAAACUUUUCACAAAUCAGAGGGCGGUGUCACCUUCUUUUGCAGGUGCAUGAUGAACUUGUGCUUGAAGUUGACCCGUCUAUGGUAGCAGAGGCUGUAAAUCUGCUACAGAUAAGCAUGGAAACUGCAGCUCCACUUUUGGUACCUUUACGUGCUAAAGUAAAGGUUGGAAAAACUUGGGGUUCUCUUCAGCCUUUCCAGCCAGAGCCUUGAUGGUGAAUGCCACCUCGCAAUACCCAGGAAAUCACAUUUUUCAUCUUUUGUCAAGACAAUAGCCAUGGCCAUCAUAAAGCUGGGUCAUGAUGCUUUCUGGUCUCUAUCAGAUGGGCCCGCGGUUGCUUUGUGUCUUUUGAUAUGGUAUCAAAUAAUGACCUGUGAUGCGCUGUAGCAUAUGAAGGCGAUUAUUCCAUCAUCAAUCAACUCAGAGAUUCCAACUGGCAAGAGGUCAUUUUUUCGAGAGCAUUACCUGGCAAGAGGACACGAUGAGUGUGCAUGCAGUUCCUCCAAUUUCUGUGAGGAUAUCACCGAGCAAGCUUGUACAUAUGUUAUGAAAUGCAUUGCCUGAAGCUUAGGGCAUCUUGUUUGCUGGGAAAUCUGGAGAGCGGAAUCUACACAUUUUCGACACGGAUCCCCAUCUCGGGCCAUCUCCAUCAUCACAGACGAGGCCACCCACAGGAACCAACCUGGUGGCUCCAUUCUCUUUGAUCCUGGUUGAGUGCGUUUGCACCAGUGUUUGUACAGCAAAGGUUGUUCCUCAUGGUGUAGGCAUCCAGUGUCUACCUUUUGUCUUCCCCUUCCUUUUCUCUUUUGUUCGGUUUGCUGUUGUGCUUGGCCAUCCUGGCCAAGAUCAAUGGAAUCUUAGCAGCUCUCCUGCUGACAUAAAAAAGAAUGUAGUGAUGGAAAAAGGGAUAUACACACGUACAUGCGACUGAACUGAUGGAAGGGCAGAGCAAUGUUUUUGAUGCUUGCAUAUUGCCCCCCCUGUAGAAAAUCCAUGUGUGCAUAAUUGUAAUUGCAAUGAUGUUACUUGUGUUCUUCAGGGGUGUAUAAGGUUUGAGCCCAGCUCAUAUGGUGGACCUGGGUUUUGGUCA